AGAGUUAAUUAUUUAUUCCAACGAUGAUUGAGAUUGAAAAUUGGAUCAAUAAACACUGAAAUAAAUUUAGGAUUCAUAAUUGUGAUGUUAAUAAUGAUUAGUUGUGUAAUUAUUGUGUCAACAAUACUGGCUAAUAGGAAAUAGGCCCAUCAUCUUGUAACCAUAGACAGCCAACAUUAUGAGGGUUAUCUAAUUAACUUGAUUACAAUUUUACUUCAACUUCUACAUGGAACAAUUUGAUUCAGUUGAGAAAAUCCUUCAGGGUGACAAUAAUUGUUAUCAAAAGAUCCAAAAUGGUUAAAUUCGCUAGGUUAUCGUUCUUUCUGUUUUCUCUUGCUGCUUUAGUUUCACCAAUUUUCGGACAAGAUUAUUCUGCUUAUCUGAAUAACAGAAUUUUCCAGCCAUGUAUGAAGCCAGUUUGUUAUGAUGAUGUCGGAUGUUUUCAACCCUUCAAAUUGCAAGCGUAUUUAGGUUUACCACCGGUGGCCGCCUGUCCUCAACCUCCCGAUGAACUUGGUGUUGAGUUUAAGGUGAUGAGAUACAACAAUUCAUACGAGUUUUUCAAUCUCUUUGGUAUAUCUCCCAAUUCAUCGGUUGCUUACGUAAUACCGGGAUACAGAUCUGAGCAUACAGAACUGUUUAACAUGGAAUUAGUUGAUGGUCUGUUGAAACAUUAUGAUCAAAUCGUUCUGGUUCGGUGGGAUCUUGGUGCCAAUCCAUCCUUGUUAUUUGAUAUUCCUGUUACUAGAUAUAACAAAUUUCUUGCAGCUGCUAACUCUGAAGCAGUUGGUCGAAUAAUUGGUAAUUCAAUUGAUUUCAUCGUUAACAACCGUUCCAUUAAUCCAGAUAAUAUUACUCUUGUUGGUCAUGGCCUUGGAGGUAAUACAAUCCAUUUUGCUGCUGAUUGGAUCAAGGAAAAGUACAAUUUAACCGUUGGAAAAGCAGUGGUACUAGAUCCUGACGCGAUACCAUUUUAUUUUUCUAAUAAAAAGAUAUCUGGUAAAGGAGAUGCUAAGAUUGUAGAUGUGAUUCAUUCAACUUUUGUAGCUCCUGUUCCUGUUUUAGGACAACGUUUUGCGGGUAACACAAAAACAGGAGCUUUGACUCCAACGGGAGAUUCAGAUUAUUUUAUUAAUUUCCCCGAUUCUUGGAAUGAUCAACCAGGCUGUGAUGGACUUGAAUUUUGUUCAUCACAUUUCUCCAUAAUGACUUUUGCUGCUUCGCUCCAUGGAUGUCGAUUUGAAACUAAACCUUGUUCUAGUAACAUAUUUCAGCGAUUUACAUCUAAAGAGGUGGGUUUGGAUAGCUCUCAAACUGGUCCACAGGGUCGAAUCUGUAUUAAAGUAUCAGAGAAGCCGAUUAAACGUUGUUCAUGAUUAUUGAUUGAAGUAACAUUUUUAUGUCAUUUAAACGAGAAACCGACGGUUUAAUGAUAUUGGCUCUCUUGUCAUAAUUAAACAUUUAUGCUAUUGACAUUUCUUUGUUCAUAUCAAUGUUUACCAUUGUCAUAUCAAAUUUUUCCAAAAUAUAAGCAAAGUGCUAAUCACAAUUAUAAAUAAUAAAACAUGGUAUUAACUUAUCCAA